AUGGCUAUCCUCGACGUCGCUGCGCAUCCGCGACGCACGUGUCGAACGCUGCCGUCCGUGCUGAUGAGGGCAGGGACAUCGAAAGGCCUGUUCAUACAUCGAAAGGAUCUCCCGGACCAGCAGAGCGACUGGGCGCCGCAUCUCAUCGCAGCACUCGGAUCCCAAGGCGCCGACCCCCGGCAGAUCGACGGCAUAGGGGGCGGCACGUCGACCACGUCCAAGGUCGCCGUCGUGGCCCCUUCGAAACGCCCGGGCAUCGAUGUCGACUUUAUGUUUGUCCAGGUCGAGGUGGGGAAGGAGUCUGUUGACUUUACUGGCAACUGCGGCAACAUCCUCUCCGGGGUUGGGCCGUUUGCGGUCCAGGAGGGACUGGUGAGGCCGGUGGCUGGGCGGAACGAGGUAGACGUCAGCAUCUUCAACACCAACACCUGUCGGACGGUCGUUGAGACUCUGGCUGUCGACGAGGACGGUCGCUUCCAGGAAGACGGAGACUUUACCAUCCCCGGGGUAAACUCUCCCGGGAGCGAGGUCAGAGUGGCCUUUGUCGACCCUGCGGGCAGCGUGACGGGCAGACUCUUCCCGUCGGGACGGAAGCAGGAGGUGCUGACUGUGAGCGCUCCGCCUACGCUUGGCGAGGAGGUUGGUCGCUUCGACGUCCGCGUGACGCUCGUGGACGCCGCCAACCCGUUUGUGUUGGUCGACGCGGCGUCCGUUGUGGGCCCGCUAUCAUCUUGCCCCCUGUCGUCGGAUCGAAGGGACGUGCUGGUGGAGGCGAUCCGGCGCGAGGGCGCGGUGGCUAUGGGGUUGGCUGCUACGGUGGAAGCGGCGGCCAAGACGCGCGGCACGCCCAAGAUUGCGCUCGUCUACGCGCCGACGGCAAAAGCUGCCAUCGACAUCGCCACUAUCGACGCCGGGGACGGGGACGGGGACAGUAAGGAGGCGGGGUCCGUCGCAGCGGAAGUAGACGUUUGGGUUCAGGCCUACUCGAUGGGCAGGCCGCACCCGAGCGUGCAGCUGACGGGCGCCGUGUGCAUCGCCGCGGCGCUCAACGUUCCGGGCACGGUGGCGGCCGAGCUGUCGUCGACGAGGCGCGGUGGUGCUGGUGCUGGCGGUGCUGGCCAUGAACGAAAUGGGGAUGAUGAUGAUGACGCCCAUGGACGAAAUGGGGACGAUGGCCCCGCCGCUGGGGGAAGGGGAACUCACGGAUACGAAGCCGAGGCGGUGAUUGCGCACGGCAGGGGGAGCGUCGCUGUGGGAGUCGUGGUGGGCGCGGAUGGCGGCAUUGAGAGGUGCGUGGUGUCUCGCACUGCGCGGAGGCUGAUGGAGGGGGUUGUGCGGUACUACAUUUGACGCCUUUUUUUUUCUUUUCCAGUUUUUCUUUUGAUGUUGAGGAAUAGAAGGAAGCGUGACGCUGGAUAUUUGUUGUUGAACUGAAUAGGAUAGAGAGGGAUUAGAAGAGAGUAGAGAGAAGAGUGCCGUGCCC